AUGGCUUGGUUAACAAGAUUUGUAACAGCACUGACGUUCUUGGCACUCGGGGUAAUUUUUUCGCCGGAAACGUUCGGGUCAAAAUCGGAGGGUCAGCAUCCUCCGAGGCUCACCACUCUCUUGAAGCUGGCCCACCUCCUCUGUUUCUCCACUGCCUGGGGCGCCGCCUUCUGGGUCACUUUCAUCGGCGGCAUCAUCAUGUUCAAGAAUUUGCCGAGGCAUCAAUUUGGGAACUUGCAGAGUAAGAUGUUUCCGGCUUACUUCUCGAUGGUGGGUGUGUGCUGUGCAGUUGCAGUGGGGGCUUUUGGAUACUUGCAUCCUUGGAAAACCUCAGCAGCUGCCGAGAAGUACCAACUGGGAUUCCUUCUCGCUGCAUUUGCUUUCAAUCUCAGCAAUCUCAUCAUCUUUACGCCCAUGACCAUCGAGAUGAUGAAGGAAAGACAUAAGGUAGAGAGAGAAGCGGAAAUUGGGGAUGAAAUUGGAUGGACUAAGAACCAGGAAGUUGCAAAGAAAAAUCCAAAACUUGCUUCCAUGAACAAGAAAUUCGGAAUGAUUCAUGGACUCUCUUCUCUUGCUAAUAUCAUGUCAUUUGGUAGCCUUGCUAUGCAUUCCUGGUACUUAGCAAGUAAGAUCAAUUUGUAG